GAAAAGCAAGAGCAGUAGUAAAAUUGGAUAUCAAACAUCAAUUUGAAAAUUUACACAGCAGAGUUUUAGUACAUGGAGAGAAUCUGAAUCACCUAUUUCUGGGAACUAGGAGCUUUGAAAAAUUGCAGCCUUUGCUAAAUAGUACUACUAUCUUUUGAUUAUUUUCCCAAUUCAUUUUAAAAUUCUGAAAGACAAAAACUGCCUGAAGAAGUUAAUAAAUUAAUUGAUCUUAACUAAAUAUCACUUCUCUCCCUCUCCCUCUCCCUCUCCCUCCACCUUUUCUUGAAAGCCUUUAUCUCAGCUUCAAACUUCUCUCUCUUUUCUAUUAUUUCCUUUACUCCGCUAUUUCCAGGUUGGUGAAAUCAUACAUCUCUCCCCUUUGUGUGUGCAGAAGAAGAAGAAUAUGGCUACCAAUGGUCCACUUAAGAGAAAAUCUCCACCAGAUGAUGAGUCUGUCAACUUAAAAAUCAAACUUCAGGAUGGGCGUAAUUUGUUCUUCAAGGUGAACCGGGAUAUGAAGUUAAUUAAUGUAUUCAAAGAGUUCUGUGAUCGACAGAAGUUGGAUUACGAGACCCUGAAGUUCAUUUAUGACGGUUUUAACAUUAAGGGGAAACAUACAGCAAAAAUGCUUAAUAUGGAAGAUGAUGCUGAGAUCGUGGCCAUAAGACCCCAAAUUGGAGGUGGUGCUGCGGCACUUUGACUCUUAAAAGCAUUAGCUAGGAAAUGGUUGUUGUACUGCUUAGAGUUUGUUAAUUUGCUUAACUGACAUGGUACAUUAUAUUAUCAGAAAAAGUACGCACUUUAACUCUUUGUAUAUCAAGUUUAUAUGUUAAACUUGAGUAGUAUUAGUAACUAAUGUACUGAACAAAAUUGAAGACUAAGGACUAAGGAGAGUGUUUUUAGUAUUAUCA